CAACCAGCCUGCUCACAUCGGAGCGCCUUGCUCCACUGACCCAGCUAAAGAGGAGCGGCCCUGGAGAAGUCUACACCUGGGAAUCUGCUUCAUUAACACCUGGAAAAUAAUUCUAUCUUCAAUGUUUUGGUGAUGAAUCUUCGCCUCGUUCUCCUGCUUAUCGGUCUGCCCUCCUGCCCAGGCGAGUCCUCCGUAGAUGAUGGUCUCCUGGAGAGGGUCCAAGCCUUUGCUGGUGGUCAUGCCAUUCUGCCCUGCAGCUUUGAAGCCGUUGACCAAGAGGACUCUCCAGCAUUCGAGUGGUCAAAGGAAGGCCCGGGUUCAGGAGUGGUCUUUGCAUAUCGUCAAAGCCGUGAGAACUAUAUAGACAGGAAUCCCGAAUUUGACUACAGGGCGAGCGGCAUCAUGAGAGAACUGAAAGAUUGGAAUGUGUCUUUGAGGAUCUCCGGGCUGAAGCUUGACGAUUCAGGAAUAUACAAGUGUAUGGAACUCAAGAACAACCCAUCAAAGAAAACUACAAGGGUGGAGCUUCUUGUGGUUGCCGAACCCAAUCUCUCCAUGGUUUCAGCCAAGAACGGAUUAGUGACUCUCAUGUGUGGCACCGGCUGCUGGCUGCCAGACAAAGAGCCGAGGAUGACGUUUCUGGAUGACGAUGGCAACGAGAUCUCGGCUAUAGACACGAUAAGGGAAUACGAUGAGCGUGGAUGUUACAACAUGACAAUGAUGGUGACUCUCCAGAGAAACACAAGCAGAAAAGUCACCUGCAGAGUUCAUGAGCCUGAGUUCGGUCAGACCAGGGACUCCUGCAUCCUCAUUGCAGGUACAGAUGACCCUGAGUGUUCUUUGGCAUUGCCCAUCAUCAUCACCAUCGUAGGGACAGCUGUAAUUUUUGGAUUCAUUUUCCUGCUAUGGAAGAUUUGUGUGAAAUCUGCUGAGACUAAAAAACCGGCUCUGCAGCAUCAGAAAUCAGAUGAAAGUAUAAGGAGUGGGGCAUCUGAAACAAGGAUCCUUCUGCCACAAAGCAACAGCACCAUGAAGGCUAACAACGAGCUCAAUGACACCAUUGAGAAUCUGAAAAAACAAGUGGCCGAUUUUGAGUCAAAGAUUCGUGAGAAAGAUGGGAUCAUCUGUCAACUCCAGAGCAGCUCUCCAAUAAGUCCUGUUCCCUGCCACCAGGACAAGCCAGUGACUGGAGGGAUUCCUUUCAAACUUGCACCGGACGUCCCAAAACCCCUCGACCAACUUUCUACACCUUCAACCAGCAGAAACCCUCCGAAAUCUGUCAGCCUACCACAAGGCCUAAAUCAAACCCUCCAAACAUCCUUCAACAAUCCAACAAGUGGCAACCCAUUACAAACCAGCCACACUCUUCUGUCUUUGCAUCAUCAAGAUCCAAAAGAGAAAAAGCAAAAAUACUUGAAACGCUCACAGAGUUUCAACCACGACCUCCUCAAAAGUGCUCCUCUGCGUAGACCAUCCUUAAGUCAUUUAUCUGCAAACCGCUACGAUGUCCUGGCAGAGUUACCUGAAGAUGUUAGCUAAUGUUAGCGAGGACAUACUGUACGGUUGUUAGCUUAGAUCUGUUAAAACACGGUUAAAGAUUAUGAAUAGGAAACUCAGUACCUUUUUGAGAAAGCUUGGUUUAUGCUAAUGAUUUAGUCGCAUCUUGUCUAUAGCUCUAUAAACAAGAUGCGACUGAAUCAUUUUUUAAAUGGAUUUAAUUUUGAACCUGUCCACUAUCUACCAUCUUGAACUUUUUAUGCUUCACUGGGGAAUCAUGAGGGAACAUUUAUUUUACUAGCACACUAAAAAAAUCUGUAUAUAUAUAUAUAAUCUUGUACAGCUGGUGCAAAUGUAAAUAACACAACUUGUUAAGGGCAUUAAUAUAUAUAUUAAUUGUGUAUAUAUGUGGGGUUUAAUACUGCUUUGUAUAUUGCAUUUGUAUGUACUUUUUUACCGUUUGUAAUGCUAUGUCACUCUUUUAUGAAUUCAAAUAAACAUAUUUCAGUUUAAGUA